CACUUAAAAUAACCACGAAAUAAUAACUCGAUAAGAUAAGACAAAGUAGCCGUGUUCGGGUCCGCCGAUAGAUAACACUGUCAAUGCAAGUAUAGAGCCGUCAAUACGACGUCAUGCUCGUUCAAAGACGUAUAGAUUGAUAUUUUUCUAAGAUAAAAUCUUUUGUUAUGAAAAUGAUAUGCCUAUAGUGAAGUGUCUUUACGUGACAGUGCUUAAAAUGUUUGUAAAAUGUUAAAAGGAUACUAAAUGGAGCUUAAUGAGCGAGCUACUGGCGCGAGUUGGCGCUGGCCACUUCUUGUAGCGGUUACGGUUUUAAACAUCUGCUUGCCAAGUUUGGUGCUUUCUUAUGGUGUUUUUUGGAUACAUUUGGCGAAUUACGAAGUUCCUUUAUGGCUUGGUCUUGCUGCUCCAUCAAUCUUCAUACUAAUUUAUGGAUUAACACAAUGCUGGUUCAGAGAGGCAGCGGACUCAUGGGGCGGGUCAAUAGGGUACCGGGUUAUGGCUUCAAUUGGACUUGGGCUCGUGAUGCUUGGGUUAAUAAUUUGUGCCUUCAUUCCUUAUCAUAUACAACCGUUCGUGUAUGGUAUAUUCGGUGGUGUAGGUUCAUCGCUAAUAUCGGCGCAAGUAGAUGCAGUUCUCUUCGAAACAUAUGAUUCACGCCUGGGAUUCAUAAGAGGGUUAUGUUAUACAGGCCAGGCUGUUGGCCAAUCCACUUUUCCACAUAUUUUAUACGUGCUCAUAGAAAAAUACGGCUACCACUUCUCGUACAUAGUAUUGGCAGGUAUCAUGUUGCAAACAUUGCCAGCAAUAAUGUUACUCAAAAUAGACGAGACUAGAAAAUCUAGCUACUUAUCUAGGUACAAGGAAUUGUCGCAAACGUUUAUGGUUUUUAAAAACGAUUCUAUGGACAAUUUCUAUGGUACUGAACUAAAACUUCACGAUUUAAGUAAAAAAUGUUGGAAUAAUCCCUCGAAUGAUAAUCUACACAGACUAGACGAAUCGGAUUACGAUGAUGGCAGUAUAAUUGAAACGAUAACGCCCCCUCCUAGUCCGGAAGAAAAGAGAAGGAACAUAUUUGGAGUUGAAAUUUUACCAGAAAUACCAGAGGAAAGUGAAGAGAGCGAAGAUGAGCAAAGUGUGACAAGCAUAAAUAAUAAUAACAAGAAACGCCUCAGUGUCGCUAUAAAAAGGUUAAGCACGUUGGGCGACAAUCUUGAUGGAUGUAUUAUAAAUCAAUUAAGGAAAGAUUCUCAGUGCAAUAGCGAUGUAAAUGACAAAGAUUAUUCAGAAGUCGAAGUUACCUAUGAAACUAUAGCCCCCGUUACUGAUAUUCACACAGAGAAAAUUUUGAACUCAUUUAGCUUUCGAUGUCAAUCCGCUUAUGUCAAUAUGAGGAGGAAAUUAUGGAUGCCAUCAUAUAGAAUUUAUAGGAUAAGACGAAGGCUUUUGUACCUGAUGUACAAUAUUAAUGACACAUUUGUGAAACCGUUAACGAGGUCCCUCUCUUGCUUAAAAUUUUACCCUGCUUUAUUAUUAAGUUUCACUAAAUUGACUCUAACAGGAAUUGGCAUUGUGUUAUUGCCAAUGAUUGGCUUGCAGUUGCGACCUAGAAUAGCGGUGUUGGAAAAUAACUUUUUAAUGUCAUUACAUGGUUUCACUUGGGUGUGUUUCCUUAUGUGCACGCCAUGGCUGGCACAAACUCCGAAGAGAAACUUUAAGUACGUUGCAGUCUGUGGUCUCAUCAUAACAACUUGUGCGUGCUUUGUGUUGGCAGAAGCCAGAAACCAUGACUCGUUCGCUAUCGGCUGCGUAGCGGCCGGCUUCGGAUACGGAGCUGUGACUUCAUGCUGGGAAACAGCCGCUCAAGACUUCGUCGGAGCACGCAAAUGGCCGAAAAUUCACAGCACAUUAGAAACCCUAUCAGCGAUCCUCCAGGCUUUGUUGGUUUUGGGAUUGUUAGUUGUACUGCGGCAAGAAAGUGGUCUCCAAUUUUCAAUGUUAAUUUUAGGUGUAAUACUGGCUGUUUGUACAUUUAUUUGGUCUAUAAUCGCAAUUGUGUCAAUUUAUAAGAGCAAAGUUCGAUCAUUUAGUUUUAAAAGAAAACGUGGUUUAACUUAAGUGAUAACUAAUUAUUUCAAAUAUUUUUACUUAAUAUUGAAUCUAUUUAGUCAAUGUUACCGUUGAUCUAGUUAGUCCAUGUAUAAAUUUAGGUAUAACCUGAUUUUCCUUUGGAAAAUUAUACAAUUAAAUAGAAUUAAUUAGUAAACGCGUACCAUGAUACUGUACAUAUAAUGUAAGUACCUACUUGGUUAAUAUAUAGAC